AUGCCUAAAAACUACAGCCGAACAUCACAAAGAGCAAUUGCGUACUCGCAAAAAGACUUGGAAACUGCUGUAGAAAAAGUAAGAAAAAAAGAACUAACUAACUAUGCUGCAUCAAAACUUUACGGGAUUCCAGCAUCUACCCUUAGUGAUCGAGUUAAUGGUAAAACAGGGAACGAUUGGUUUCUUUCGUUCCGAAAGCGGCACAAGCUAUCCAUUAAAAAACCUCAACCAAUAGAGUACCUCCGAAAACGCAUGACAGAUCCUUUUGUAAUACACGAGUAUUUCACUUUACUAGGAAGCACCCUUGAGAAGUUGAACCUAAACGACCCGCAUAGGAUUUGGAAUUUAGACGAGACCUCUGUAUGUUUAGAUCCAACAAAAACGAAAGUUGUUGGCGCAGUAGGUGCACCAUGCACAAGGACAACGGCUGGAUCUGCAAAAGAAAAUAUUACCGUGUUAACGACUGUCAACGCGGUUGGCAUCAAAUUGAAUCCUUUAAUUGUAUUUAAAGGGAGCUACGUAUAUGACCAAUGGAUGGCAGAUCAAAAUGAAGAAUAUGAUUUUGAAGUUGCUUAUUCUUCUAGCAAACGCGGUUGGAUGGAGACCGAAAUAUUUUAUAAUUACAUGGUCAUAAUUCCAAGUUUAGGAGAAGAAAGACCAGUGCUCUUAAUUUACGAUGGUCAUAGCACCCACGUUGACGAACGAGUCGUAGCAUUAGCAGCAGAAAACAACAUAACCAUAUUAAAACUGCCUGCUCAUAUAUCUCACUUGCUACAACCUUUAGACUUAGCGGUCUUCAAGUCAUUUAAAAGUAUUUGGGACAAAAAACUUGUGGAAUGGCAACGCCAAAAUGUCGGAUUUAAAAUACGUAAGAAAGAGUUUGCUGAAAUGUUUGCACAAGCAUGGAGUCAAACAACACCAAAAGUGAUUCAAAAUGGCUUUAUGAAAGGAGGUAUUUACCCGUUUGACCCAAAUGUUAUACCAAAAGAAAAAUAUGACCCAGCGGCUUAUAAAAGAUGGCAAAAUGAAAUGAUAUAUAAAGGUGGGCAAAGAAAUUUAGCAAAACUCAAAUCGCUGAAUCAGUCAUGUAUAGACGUCUUAAACAAAGAAAUGAAGAUUGAUCGUAAACUUCAGGACAUUAUUCACGUUAGCGCUGAAAAUCGUGCAGAGUCGGUGAAUUACGGUAUUUCUUUUGAGGAACUGCUUUUAAAAAAGGUUACGCAAAAACCACAAAACUCAAGAGUCAAAAUGAAACGUAUAGCAAAAGGAGCGGAAGUUAUAACACACACAUAUUUGGAGAAAAAAACGUAA